AUGUUCUUCCUAGACUUCGGCCAGUGCGAGUCGGUUGACUUAAGCGAGGAUCCCCAAACAGUUUACCAAGCGUUCAAGGGCGCUAUGGUAAUGGGUGACAACCAGAGUUUCAUUCCGCACUUCUCAAACGACCCUAAACUGUUUGCAGCAUUUAAGAAGGGCUACAACGAAGCGGGAAAUGUUAUCCUAUUGGACAAGGGGCUCAAUGAUAUUUUCAGCGUGGAGGAUUUUAUGCAGCAGUAUGAAGAGUAUGCGAAGGACUUUCUAUGUUAG